CCAGAAUGUGGAAAAUAUUUUAGUAAGAAAUCACAUCUUGUAAUUCAUGAGAGAACUCACACAGGAGAGAAGCCAUUUUCAUGUCCGGAAUGUGUGAAGAGUUUUAGUCAUAAAUCAAAUCUUAAAAAACAUAUAAAAACUCACACAGGAGAGAAGCCAUUUUCAUGUCCAGAAUGUGUGAAGUGUUUUAGUCAAAAACCAAGUCUUGAAAUACAUAUGAGAACUCACACAGGAGAGAAGAUAUUUUCAUGUCCGGAAUGUGUGAAGAGUUUUACACGAAAAGAAAAUCUUGUGCAUCAUAUGAGAACUCACACAGGAGAGAAGCCAUUUUCAUGUCCGGAAUGUGUAAAGUGUUUUAGGCAUAAAUCAAGUCUUGUGGAUCAUAUGAGAACUCACACUGGAGAGAAGCCCUUUUCAUGUCCGGAAUGUGUAAAGUAUUUUAGUCAUAAAUCACAUCUUGUGUGUCAUAUGAGAACUCACACAGGAGAAAAACCCUUUCCAUGUCCGGAAUGUGUAAAGUAUUUUAGUCAUAAAUCACAUCUUGUGGGUCAUAUGAGAACUCACACAGGAGAGAAGCCAUUUUCAUGUCCAGAAUGUGUGAAGAGUUUUAGUCAUAAAUCAAUUCUUGUGGAACAUAUGAAAACUCACACAGGAGAGAAACCAUUUUCAUGUCCAGAAUGUGUAAAGAGUUUUACACAGAAAGCAAAUCUUGUGGAUCAUAUGAGAACUCACACAGGAGAGAAGCCAUUUUCAUGUCCGGAAUGUGUAAAGAGUUUUAGGCAUAAAUCAAGUCUUGUGGAUCAUAUGAGAACUCACACAGGAGAGAAGCCCUUUUCAUGUCCGGAAUGUGUAAAGUAUUUUAGUCAUAAAUCACAUCUUGUGGGUCAUAUGAGAACUCACACAGGAGAGAAGCCAUUUUCAUGUCCAGAAUGUGUGAAGUGUUUUAGUCAUAAAUCAAUUCUUGUGGAACAUAUGAGAACUCACACAGGAGAGAAACCAUUUUCAUGUCCAGAAUGUGUAAAGAGUUUUACACAGAAAGCAAAUCUUGUGGAUCAUAUGAAGACUCACACAGGAGAGAAGCCAUUUUCAUGUCCAGAAUGUGUGAAAAGAAAUCUUGUUCAUCAUUUGAGAACUCACACAGGAGAGAAGCCAUUUUCAUGUCCAGAAUGUGUGAAGAGUUUUACACAGAAAGCAACUCUUUUACAACAUAUGAAGACUCACACAGGAGAGAAGCCAUUUUUUGUGCUUGGAAUGUGCUAACUGUUUUACUACGAAAUCACAUCUUGUUAUUCAUCAGAGAAUUCACACAGGAGAGAAGCCAUGUUCAUGCUUGGUAUGUGGAAAUGUUUUAGGCUGAAAUCACAUGUUUUUAAACAUCAGAUGAUUCACAAAGGAGAGAAACAAUUUUCAUGUCCUGAAUGGGCAAAGUGAUUUACUAAUAAAAACAAGUCUCGAGGGACAUCUGAGAAGUCACACAGGAGAGAAGCCAUUGUCAUAUAUAGUAUGUGGCUAAUGUGUUAACCAAAUAUCAAAUCUGUGGAUCAUCUAAGAACUCAGACAAAGGAGAAGUUAUUUUAAUGUU